UGAUGUACAAGAAAUACAUCGCAUUACCGAACGAUCCCUCUGAAGCUUCUGUAUACACCGAGUAUACGGCUCUCGGUAGGGGAGAGACGCAGGAUGGGGACUCGUCCCCCCUGGUCACAUACCGGCCGCCGUUGAGCCCUACCAAUGGCCGUACAGAGGAAGAAGAUACGGAAGAAACUCAAAGACCACAACAGCAACAACAGCCAAAUGAAAGUGUAGAGGCUGGAGACGUUCCGCAAGACCCCAGUCCUCCACCGUUCGACGAAACGCUACCCUUUGGACUUUACCCAAACUUUGUAACAUCUCUUGUAGGUUUUGGAACGCUAUUGCUCUUUUGGCCACUCGCACUUCUCGACUUGCUCUCCUCAAGUUCGACAUCCUCCGUUGCAGUAGCCGUCGCCCGUGGUACAUCCUUCCUUGACAAGUACGAAAUCAUACUCUCCAUCGCUCUUAUCGCGUCUGCGGGACUGGUUUGGAACGGAGGAUACCUGAUCCUUUUGGCUCUAUGGGGCCCCGUCUUGUCUUCGGUUGGUAACUUGCUGACCAUCGUCCUCAUGCUACUAGUCGAGAUUCUCAUCUUAAAUGCACCUAUACCAUCUGGGUGGAGCAUCUUGGGAUGCGGUAUGAUCGCGAGCGGGUUCGGAAUGCUCGUUUGGGAGAUCCUGCGACCCAACCAAUCCGAACAACACCAUAUUCAUGUUUGA